CACUAGCUAGGUCAAGAUAAAAAUAUAUUUUUAUCUAUAGCAAAACCUGUGCGUGUUUUACGGCAUUCUUGACUAUUUUAUUUGUGAAUUUAAUCAUUUUCAAAUACUGAUUUACUAUCAUAAUGACCCUGUGCAUCUGUAAAUGUCUGAACAUAACAUUGGAGAGUGAAACAAUCGAAGACAAUGUUGAUAUCGCGAAGCUGGAGUUAACAACGACAGAACAAAGGGAUAUUUUUUUUAGUGAGGUACCAUCGAAAUUGGUUUCAAGUCCUAGUAGUACCCUGAAAACGAAAGUGGCGCAGCAGGCCCUCCUUGGUCAGCGUGUUGUAGACCGUUUUACGGUUUACUUCUGUUUGGCCUGUGGCCUAAGCACCCAUGCCAUGUUACAUGAGAGACCUAAUGGAUCUUCUACUGUGCUGAUUGCUAAAUCUAUACUUACUACUUCAGACCAAGUAACUGCUUUGAGAAAAUCUAGUAAUUUCUCGCCAGUUUUCAACCUACUGUUGCCAGGUGUCACUAGUGAUGUUGAGAUGAAAGAAAAUAUAGACACAAACAAUCGGACAAUAAGCAAAAUGAAUGUGUGGUCUACGCAGCCGCUGAUUGGGAACCUUAAUAUACAGCUGAGACAGACUUUAGAGUCCCAGUUAGAGUCUAAACUGGAAGCAGUGGAGGAUUCUGUAAGGCAGUUCAAGGAUCAGAAAUAUGCAGAAUAUGAAGCUUUCAGAGAGAGAGCACAUCGGGACCACAAGAUCUUAGCUAGCAUUAUAAGUAAAGCACGGGAGAACACUAUCAGUGAUGGCCUCAGAGUUGACACAAGCCUUGACAAUGGGCCACCCUCACCACAAUUACCUCCGCUACAGAGAAGAAGACUGUCCUCUAUCAAAGAUGCCAAAAAGAUUCCUCAAAGUCAAGUUAUUAAGCGUAAUAGAAAUUUUUCACACGAAGAGGACUCAUUGGAUGCCGAUGUUCUAUUCGAUUUGGAAGGCAUGGAUUCUCACAACAGCGCUAUUUCGGACCAAGAUGAUUACGAUUCUGAUGAGGCGAGUAAUGACGAAGGCAUCCAGGUAUCGCGGCCACGGGGUGGAAAUGCAUCGGAAAUUGCUCACUCGCUGCCUAUAAGUGUACCUAAUUUUGGCAAAGAAAGGUCGUCUUCACGUCGAGAGUUAGAGGAUGAUGAGGUUUCGCAAGACAUAGCGGCCAGCAUCAAGGCCCUGGCGCGCUCGGUGCACGGCGACAUGUUCGAGCUGCCGCCCAAGCGCUGCUCCACGCAGAUCUAGUCGCCCGGCCGCUAGACGCCUCCCGAACUCUGACUCCUACUCUAUUUGUAGUCUACAUAGUUGUGCGUGUCAAGGUGUGCUUGUGUUUCUGACUUCUACAGACAUAUUGGUGCUUUUGAAUUGUGAUCGGUGACCCGUACUCCACAUGCAGCUAGCGGAUAUGAUGAUCAGAACUGGAAACGCCAGGAAUUGUUUAUACAUUUUUUUAUAUUUACUCUUUCAUGUGAAAGAUAAUUAAUGGUAUUCAAUAUUUUGCUCACAAAAUAUUGUGUCAAGUACAAAAAUUACAUGAUAACUCUGAUGUACAGAUGUGUGUCUCAAAUCAAAUGCAUUAUGUUAUUUGCAGAAAAUAUUUUCUGGAAUUGAUUUGAAUUUAAGAAAGUUAAGAAGAAUGUUCAUUUUAAAUAUAUUGUGAAUAACUAUAUAAUUGGAUAAAUGUUUUAUUAUUGCAGUAACUAUCUUGUAUACUGUAGACUAUAAGCAAGAGGCUAUGAUAUGGUAAUAUAAUAUCAGAAAUAGUAACAUUAUUAUAAAAGCACAUAGAAGAAAUAUUCAUUUAAGGCAUAUAUGUUGUUGUAUUGAACUUGCUUUAAUAACUCGUCAAUUUCAUACAAGUAAAGUGUAAUUGAACAUAACUAAUAAUUGAAUGAUUACUA